CUAGUUACCGUAAUCAUGAUAAACAGAAUUCCACAGACCGAAUAGUUCCGUUAAGAUACUCUUGCCGACAUGUGGUAUGAUAUAUGCAAUAUGAAUUUCAGCAUGGAUUCUCCGUCUCCAUUCUGUCCUAACUUUUUAAGUCCAGAACCAGAAGAAUGCAAUGCUGCGUUAAAAGCAGAAGUGUUAAAGGAGCUACUAAAUAAAAAGCAAUGUGCCAACAAGUCUUAUGAAUGCCGACAAAUCGCGGUAGAUAACUAUGACUAUUGCAAAAAGCACAUAUUGCAGGAUAAGUCAGCUCCUUUUAAACAAUGUGCUUUUGUAUACAAUAUAAAAAAAGGGGUAUCCCUCAAACAUGGCAACUUUAUAAGGAGAUGCCAUGCAGCUGUGCCAAUGGGUGAACGGAAGGAUAGUGGCUUUUGCCUACAACAUGCUUGGAAGAUAUAUGCAGAAAAAGAUAAAAACAGGAUUCCACCACCUCGUAGUAAGGAGAUAUUGUUGAACUCUUUAAAUCAUUAUCUUUAUAAACCACCAGUUAAGAAAACAGUUUUACCCUACUCCAUGCCACAACCAAAACCUAAACCCUCAAGGCGGUUUGUUCCCAACAAAUCUUUAAAUCCUUUUGUCGAUGGGAAACCUGAUUCAAUUUAUAGACCUAAUAUCGUACUCGAUGUCCGUCAUGACGCCGAUUAUGAAAUGAAACCUUACGACGUUUCCGCUUUAUAUAGUGAUGAUCAUGCUGAUUGCUCAGAUAAUGAAAGUGUUGAUUCUGAAAAUGAAGAUUUGUUGAAACAUGCUUGUGCUUUUACUGUAGAAGAAAUUAAUACUAUCAUUAAAAGAAAACUGAUUAGACUACAGUCACUAUAUAUCGAGCAAUACAGAUAUUUACAAUAUGUGUUGAAAGAAAAAAGAAGGAAUUAUCUUGCCUGUUUAAAGAGAGAAAAGGAAACGUGUUCUACUAUUUAUGAUCAAGUUAAAGAUAAUCCAAAGGAAAAAUUAUUGUUUAAGAAAUUGAAAGCGUAUAAAAGAUACCACAAAUCCAGUGGACCUGAAGCAAUUAUGAAUAAAAAAUUAAAUGAUAUUAAAAAACAUAUGUCUAGAGGAACACGGUACAGACGCCGUUUUGUUAGGUGUUCGUUUGCUGCUGAUGGAAUGAAAUGUCCAAAUGAAUCUUUACCAUUAACGAAACAUUGCAGGAAACAUAUUAUGGAGAACAAAAACCAGGUACUGUUUAAACCAUGCGGAAUUGGAAAAUCUGAUAUUGAAUGUAAUACUCCAGUAGAAAAAAUUUAUGACAACUGUACAUGCAAAUUGCAUACAGACAUUCCUCCUUGUAAUAUACCAUUACAAGAAAGUGUACCAACAAAAAGAAAAUUACGUACUCAACCAAUGGAUAUUACUAAUAUAUGUGAAUCACCAUUUGUAUCACAAGAUAAUAAGACCAUUGCUGAUUUAGAUUUAGAGAAGCCGUUUAUGGUUUUAGAACCAAUUAAUGUAAUAGAGCCAUCUAAGGAUGCUGAACCGUAUAUUAUAGCAGAACCAUUCAAUAUAACAGAGCCGCUUAAUAUAACAGGACCAUUUAAUAUAAGAGAGCCGUUCAAUAUAUUAGAACCAAUUGAUAUUAAUGAGCCACUUAAUAUUAAUGAACCAUUUAGUAUAAUAGGAUCAUUUAAUAUAAAUGAACCAUUUACUAUAACUGAACCAUUUACUAUAGAAGAACCGUUUACUAUAACAGAGGCAUUUAAUAUAACAGAACCAUUAAUUAUAAGUGAGCCAUUUGAUAUAAUAGAGGCAUACGAUAUAACAGAACCAGUGAAUAUAACGAACCCAAAUAACAUAACAGAGCCUCUUAAAAUAACACAACCCCUUAAUAUAACACCAUCAUGUAAGAUAAGUGAGCCAUUCAAUGCAACAAAAACGCCUAAUAUAAUUGAGCCACAUAUAAAUCCAUUUACUAUAAGAGAUCCAUUUAAUUUACUAGAAGCAGUUAAUAUAACAGAACCAUUUGAUAAAAUAGAACCAAUUAAUAUAAGGCAACCAUUUAUUAAUACAGAAUCGAACAACAAUACAAGACCCUUUAAUAAGAAUGAACCAUUUAUUAAAAAAUAUCAAGUGAAUAGAGAGUUAAUAAAGAAAAAAGAAUUGCUUAACAGAAAAGAUUUGAUAAAUAAAAGAGGACCUUAUAAUAAACAUUUGCCAUUAAAUAAAAAAGGUACCUUUAAUAGAGUACAACCAUAUAGAAAAGAACUAAUUGAUGAAAGAAUGUCACUUAUUAAAAGGGGACCAAUUAAACCUCAAUUCACUCCACAUAAUUUUAGAAGAUUUAAUGAAACUGUUGUAAAUAAUAAUGAACCUCUGAAUUUAAGUAGAUUUCCUAACAUUCCUAUGAAACGAAAAUCAACAAAAGGUAAAAUCAAAACUUUAUUGCCAGUAAGACCAAGCAAAGAAAACAUAAAGACUAAAUUACCAGGAAAGAUUUUCUUACGAAACAGAAUGAACAUGAAUUUGAAUCAAACUAAAAUGAAGAAGAAAAUAGCGAAGCACAUGGAAGAAAACAUACCAUUAAAUUUAACACAAAAAACAAUCAAAACUAUACUACCAGUAAAAUCAGUUGAAGAAACUGUGCCUUUAAAUUUAACUACAGAUUUAUUAAUUCCUGAAAACGUAGAAAAACAACGUGCAAAUACAGACAAUUUUGAGAAUAUUAGGGAUAAAUUAAGACAAAGACCUCCAAACACUGAAAUGAAAUCAAAGCAAAAUAAACCAAAGUCCAAAACUAAAUCGAAAGCAAAACAAUCAAAUAAGAAAUUAAAAUCAAAAGAGGUGUCUAAAGAAACUGAUACUAAAGAAAAAGAAAAUAAUAUAAAUAUGGAGAAUCAAGAAGAACAAGAUCUUAUAGAUACUAAAAUUGAUAAAAAACAAAAAGAAUCAGAAUUAGUUUCUAGGGAUAGUGGUGAAACAUAUGAUAAAUCACAUAUACACGUUAAUGACAUUAAUGAUUCCACAAAUUUGACUGAAUUGCAACAACCUGACGUCAAGAACAUUAAAAAAAUAUUUGAUUCCUUAUAUAUGAUUAAUCUAGAAACACUUCGAGAGAUAAAUAUUGAAAUAAAAGAAGGUAAUUAUGGUGUUAUAGAUCCCAAAGAUAUAAAUAUUGAGGAUAUAAUUGGUUCCUCAAAUCUAAUUAAAAUAAAAACGGAUAUAAUAAGAACUGUAGAAGUUGAUUCAGGUGUAGACGUUGAAGGAAUACAGCAUUGUUUAGAUGUGGAAGGACCCGCUGCUAUCAUUAGUGAAAUAAAUUUAGAUACAGUAAAGACUGUAGUCGCUGAUGAUGAAAUAAUAGAUGAUAAUAGGGAUACAAAAGAUGAUAAAUUGGGUAUGAAAGAAAAAUCGCGCAAACAUGGCUAUGAAACGAUGGAUAUUAAAGUAAAAGAAGGAUUUAAUGUAAUGGAUACGGAAGAUAAAUCAGAUAGGGAAAUUAACAUAACAGAAGAGAUUUCUAACUUGGUUGAACUAGAAAAGCAUGUUAUGCACGUUAAAGCUGAAGAAGAUAAAUUUUAUGCUAUGAAUAUGGAAGAAAAAGAUUUUGGUAAGAACGCUGAAAGAAUACAUGAUCCUCUAAAUGUGGUUAAACUAGAAACACGGGUGGGUGUAAUAGAUAAGGAAAAGGAAUGUGAAUUGAAUGUAACUAAUAUUGAAGAAGAAUCACAUAUGAAUGUUGAUAAAAUAUAUGAUUCAAAUACUGAAGACGAUAUACUGGAUACAGAAUUUCUUGAUUUUGAUGAAUAUUCGGAUAAUUCUGAUUCUGAUGACUCAGAUAUAAAUACAAGAUCGGGUGUGCUUCAAUCUCCAGUGUGUGCCGAUAAUACUUAUGAAAAAGAAUUAUAUAGACAAAAAAUACAAUCUUAUUCAAAAGAAAAAGAAUCAGAUAAUCAUGAAAAAAAAUCUGAUAUAAACGAAGAUGCAGAUGGAGGACAAUCAGAUACAGAUGAAGAACAAUCAGAUACAGAUGAAGAACCAUCAGAUACACAUGAAGAACCAUCAGAUACACAUGAAGAACAAUUAGAUACACAUGAAGAACAAUCAGAUAUAGAUGAAGAAAAACCGGCAGUCUUAAAGGUGUUAGGGUCUCCAAUAUAUAUAUCAGAUUCGGAUGAAGAAAGAUUAGAUACAAACGAAAGUGAAGUAAUUGUCAUUUCAGAUAGGGAAGAAAAUUUAGAAAAAUAUUCAUCAGAUAUGGAGUGUGAUAAUCCAUAUAUGGUUAAUCAAAAGGAACAUGUUGAUAUGAAUAUUAAAUCAGAAGAGAAUGUAACUGAUGUGGAAGAAGGUGAAACAGAUGUAGUAAUUGAAGAAACAUAUUAUUCUUCAGAUUAUGAAUUUGUUGACUUUCAUGACCUGGAACGGGAAGAGUCCGUUAUCGACAAGGAAGUAGAAAAAACUUCAAUGGUAGAAUCUCCUGUGGUAACAUCUCCAAUAUACGUAAUGGAUUCGGAUGAAGAAAAAUUACUCAUAAAAGAACGAUGUACAACAUAUGAAGAUAAAUCAGUUACAAAUGAAGAAGAAUCUGAUUCAAACCAGGAAGACUCUGAUUCAAACCAGGAAGAAUCAGAUUCGGAUAAAGAAAAAUCAACUACAGAUGAAGAUGAAGACUCUCCAAUUGUUGUGGAUAAUGAAGAAAGAGAAUCAUCUGAUGGAAACGAAUCAUCAGAUACAAAUGAAUCUGAUUGCAAAAAAACGUCAUAUGAAGUAGUUGAUAUGGAAAUAGAAGAUUACUCAACUACAGUACAACAAGAUGAACAAUUUGAAUAUGAUGAUAGAGAAAACGAAAUAUCCAAUAUGGAUAUAGUAGGUCCAAAAGUAUUUUCGAUCAUUAAAAUAAAGCAAGAACCUCGGGAUUUUGACGAAUUACCCAGAGAGUAUUCAACUUAUACCUCGAAUAUAGUACAAGACGAAACAUUUAAAAAUGAUAAUAGAGGAAAUGAAAUACCAAAUAUGCAUAUAGAAGGUGCAGCAGAAUUUUCAAACAUUAAAAUUAAACAAGAACCUUUUAAUUUUGACGAUUUACUCAUUGAAGAUUCAACUUAUACCUCCAAUAUAAUACAAGACGAAACAUUUGAAAAUGAUAAUAGAGGAAAUGAAAUAUCAAAUAUGGAUGUAGAAGGUGUAGAAGCAUUUUCGAUAAUUAAAAUUAAACAAGAACCUCGUGAUUUUAUACAACAAGUCGAAACAUUUGAAAAUGUUAAUAGAGGAAAUGAAAUAUCAAAUAUGCAUAUAGAAGGUGCAGCAGAAUUUUCAAACAUUAAAAUUAAACAAGAACCUUUUAAUUUUGACGAUUUACUCAUUGAAGAUUCAACUUAUACCUCCAAUAUAAUACAAGACGAAACAUUUGAAAAUGAUAAUAGAGGAAAUGAAAUAUCAAAUAUGGAUGUAGAAGGUGUAGAAGCAUUUUCGAACAUUAAAAUUAAACAAGAAUCUCGAGAUUUUGACGAAUUACCCAGAAAAUAUUCAACUUAUACCUCGAAUAUAGUACAACAAGACGAAACAUUUGAAAAUGAUAAUAGAGGAAAUGGAAUAUCAAAUAUGUAUGUAGAAGGUCUAGCAGAAUUUUCAAACAUUAAAAUUAAACAAGAACCUCGUGAUUUUGUACAACAAGUCGAAACAUUUGAAAAUGUUAAUAGAGGAAAUGAAAUAUCAAAUAUGAAUAUAGAAGGUGCAACAGAAUUUUCAAACAUUAAAAUUAAACAAGAACCUUUUAAUUUUGACGAUUUACUCAUUGAAUAUUCAACUUAUACCUCCAAUAUAAUACAAGACGAAACAUUUGAAAAUGAUAAUAGAGGAAAUGAAGUAUCAAAUAUGGAUGUAGAAGGUGUAGGAGCAUUUUCGAACAUUAAAAUUAAAGACGAACCUUGUGAUUUUGACGAAUUACCCAGAGACUAUUCAACUUAUUACUCGAAUAUAGUACAACAAGACGAAACAUUUGAAAAUCAUAAUAGAGGAAAUGAAAUAUCAAAUAAGGAUAUAGAAGGUGUGGGAGCAUUUUCGAACAUUAAAACAAACCAGGAAGAAUCAGAUUCGGGUAAAGGAAAAUCAACUACAGAUGAAGAAGAAAUAAGAGAUGUCUUGCAUGUGGUUAAACCGGAACACUUUCCAAUUGUUAUGUAUAAAGAAGAAAGAGAAUCAUCUGAUGGGAACAAAACGUCAUAUGAAGUAGUUGAUAUGGAAAUAGAAGAUUACUCAACUACAGUACAACAAGAUGAACAAUUUGAAUAUGAUGAUAGAGAAAACGAAAUAUCCAAUAUGGAUAUAUUACGUCCAAAAGUAUUUUCGAACAUUAAAAUAAAGCAAGGACCUCGUGACUUUUACGAAUUACUCGGAGAAUAUUCAACUCAUACCUCGAAUAUAGUACAAGAUGAAGCAUUUGAAAAUGAUAAAGGAAAUGAAAUAUCAAAUACAGAUAUAGAAGGUUUAGCAGAAUUCUUACAAAUUAAAAUUAAACAAGAACCUCGUGAUCUUGAUGAAUUACCCAGAGAAUAUUCAACUUAUUCUUCGAAUAUAGUACAACAAGACGAAACAUUUGAAAAUGAUAAUAAUGGAAAUGAAAUAUCAAAUACGGAUAUAGAAGGUCUAGCAGAAUUUUUGAAAAUUAAAAUUAAGCAAGAACCUCGCGAUUUUGACGAAUUACCCGGAGAAUUUUCAACUUAUUCCUCGAAUAUAGUACAACAAGACGAAACAUUUGAAAAUCAUAAUAGAGAAAAUGAAAUAUCAAAUAAGGAUAUAGAAGGUGUAGGAGUAUUUUCGAACAUUAAAACAAACCAGGAAGAAUCAGAGUCGGAUAAAGGAAAAUCAACUACAGAUGAAGAAAUAAGAGAUGCUUCGCAUGUGGUUAAACCGGAACACUUUCCAAUUGUUAUGGAUAAAGAAGAAAGAGAAUUAUCUGAUGGAAACGAAUCAUCAGAUACACAUGAAUCUGAUGGGAACAAAACGUCAUAUGAAGUAGUUGAUAUGGAAAUAGAAGAUUACUCAACUACAGUACAACAGGAUGAACAAUUUGAAUAUGAUGAUAGAGAAAAUGAAAUAUCAGAUAUGGAUAUAGAAGGUCUAGGAUUAUUUUCGAACAUUAAAAUCAAACAAGAACCUCUUGACUUACCCAAAGAAUAUCCAAUUUAUACCUCCAAUAUAGUACAACAAGGCGAAACAUUUGAAAAUGGUAAUAGAAGAAAUGAAAUAUCAAACAUGUGUAUAGAAGGUCAAGGAGAAUUUUUGAACAUUAAAAUAAAGCAAGAACCUCUUGAUUUUGACGAAUUAUCCACAAAAUAUUCAAGUAACACCUCAAAUACAAACAUGGAUGUGGUAAGUCUAGGAGAUAUUUCAAACAUUAAAAUAAAACAGGAACCUCUUGAUGUUGACGAAUUACCUAAAACAUAUUCAAGUAAUACCUCAAAUAUAGUACAAGACGAAACUUUAGAUAAUAGCACUGGAGGAAACGAAACAUCAAACAUGGAUAUAGUAGGUCUAGAAGGAUUUGCGAAUAUUAAAAUAAGACAAGAACCUGAAGAAUUUGACGAAAGUAAUACCUCAAAUACAGUAAAACAAGACGAAACAUUUAAAAAUGAUAAUACAGAAAAUAAUACAUCAAACACGAACGUAGUAGGUUUAGAAGGAUUUUUAAACAUUAAAAUAAAACAAGAACCUGUUGAUUUUGACAAAUUACCUGGAGAAUAUUCAAGUAAUACCUCAAAUAUUAAAUUAGAGGAAGUUGUAAAGACAGAAAAUGGAGAAAAUAUUCGAAAGAUUAAAAUUAAAAAGGAACCAAUUGAUUUUAAUUUACUUAAUAAAGCUAUUAGAGAAAAAUACACUUCGGCAGUACUUCCAGAUGAUUUGAUGUCAAUAAAUCCACUAGAACCUCUAUUUACGGACGUUGAUGUUAAAAGAGAAAGUUUGGCGGCGUUUGAAGAGCGAGAGCAGGUUAUUCUUUCACACACAAUCACAGAAAGUGAUAAUGAAGAAGGGGAAGAGGAAGAAGGAAAAAAACCUCCCGAAUUUGGUGGUUAUUUAUAAAGUUGAAUUUGUAGUAAUGUAAUAAUGUAAAAUAAUGUUUGUAAGAAUGUACUAAUAAUACAUUCUGUUUA